AUGUCAGAAGAACAGGAUGUUCAAGAGGAGCAGCAGGCUCAAGUGGUCUCCGAGCACCUCCCUUCAGGCUACACUGCCGAAUUCACUGGCAACAACGGCUCUGGAGUUGAAGACUCUCUCAAUCUGCAGGGAGGAGAUAUACACAGAGACAUCUUCAAGCUCAACGCCCAACCUCGCCAGACCUUGCACCAAAGAGCAGCGACGUUCUCUGCUCCUCGUGCUCGCAGAGAAAGCUGGGAUGACGAAUUGACAGCAUCUCAGGCGCGAGCUCCCGGUGCCUUCCGCCGUCAGUAUCUGCAGAGAAACAACACCUUCAACACUGCCACUAUGCCUGUUACCAGAAACUUCGUCGAGUUUUUAAACCUUUACGGGAGCUUUGCCGGUGAAGAUCUCAACGAGUCUGAUGACGAGGCCAUCGAAGAUGAAGACGAAGAGGAUCAAGCACCUGCAACCGAGAGCAGACCACUUCUCGGCCGUCGCAAGUCAUCGCGAGCAGCUCCCAAGGGUGAUGCUGGUAUGGUCAAAUCCUUCUUCACACUCCUCAAGGCCUUCAUCGGUACCGGCAUCAUGUUCCUCCCAAAAGCGUUCAGCAACGGCGGCAUCCUGUUCUCUUCCUUGACCAUGGUCUCUAUCUCGGUCGUUUCGAUGCUUGCUUUCCACCUUUUGCUUAAGUGCCGCAACCAGUAUGGUGGUGGUUAUGGUGAUCUUGGUAAAGCUAUCGCUGGAGAUAAGAUGAGAUCCCUCAUUCUUGCCUCGGUCACUAUCUCGCAAAUUGGCUUCGUCUGUGCAGGUGUCGUCUUUGUGGCUGAGAAUCUUCAUUCGUUUCUCGAGGCUGUUGUCAAAGGUAGCAUGCCUGUGUCAGUCCGAGCCUUGAUCGCGAUACAGCUGGUCGUCCUGGUCCCCCUCUCCUUCAUCCGUAACAUCUCCAAGCUCGGUCCCGUCGCUUUGUUGGCUGAUGUAUUUAUCCUUAUCGGGCUCGGCUACAUCUACUACUUUGAUAUCGCCACCCUCGCCACAGAUGGCAUCGCCCCGACAGUCAAACUUUUCAACCCCAAUUCGUUUACCUUGACCAUUGGAUCGGCCAUCUUCACCUUUGAAGGCAUUGGACUUAUCCUCCCCAUCCAAUCUUCCAUGAAGAAGCCCCAGAACUUUGAAUGGCUCUUGGCUGUGAUUAUGCUUCUCAUCACUGUAAUCUUCACGUCGGUCGGUGCCUUGUGCUAUGCCACCUUCGGAGACGACACGCAGAUUGAGAUUAUCACGAACUUCCCUCAGGACAGCAAGUUUGUCAACGCUGUUCAAUUCUUGUACUCUAUGGCUGUUCUCUUCGGCAACCCAGUCCAGUUGUUCCCUGCCAUGCGUAUCAUGGAAGGAAAGCUGUUCGGUCAUCUGUCUGGCAAGAAGGACAUGCUUACCAAGUGGAAGAAGAAUGCUUUCCGAACUUUUUUGACAGGAGUCUGCAUCGUUAUCGCCAUUGCAGGUGCUGGCAACCUGGACAGAUUUGUUGCUUUGAUUGGAUCCUUUGCCUGCGUACCGUUGGUAUACGUGUACNCCCCUCUGCUGCAUUACAAGGGUUGUGCCGAGUCACGUCUCGCAAAGGCUGGCGACAUCAUCUUCAUGGUGCUUGGUAUCGCCAUGAUGAUUUACACAACUGGUGUCACACUGGUGAACAGUUUCUAG